AUGCUGCCGAAAAUAAAGACUUGGACAGAGCCCGUGGGUCGCUUAGCGGCGUCCAUUUGGGCCAAAGUCCCUACUUUUAACAAUACUGCGCCAAAAGUGCGUGCAAAUAACCUGGGUCAAGUUAGUAACAUACAACAUCAAUUAGUAUCAUUCCAACAAUCGUUUAAAUCACUUAAAAGUGGUCAGGAAGUUCGUGAAGAAAAUAAACUUUUCGAGUUGAUCAAGAAGGCUUUUCCCAUUGCAAACUCUGUCAAUCCAUUAUACAAACACACAUAUAUUCAAUUCGAGAGGCUUAGCUUUGCUCAGAAGCAUCCCAAUAAUACUUUGCUUACUAGCGCAGUAUACCUGCGACACUGUAGCACGAGAGAUGCGUUCAGAUAUUCAAUCAGACGUAAUUUUACCUGUGGUGCUGGUGCUAAAAUCAUAAACAAUGCUGCGACUGUCAACGGGAGCCUCUCUCAAUUCUACGCUAAACCUUUCGCAGCCCUUCCGAAUAAACUUGGGACUCGAUGGAUGGAGAAACAGGAUAUUAAGGAUAGAAUUAUGCGUGACGUGACUAAUAAGAAGGAUUCAGAGUGUGAAAAGAAAACAACCAAGAAUUCCGAGAAGACCACUAGUUUCAAUAUGUUCAAUCUGAGGAACGUUAUGCCGUUUGGAACGUCUGUUGCCAAGGAGAUGCCAUUUUGUGAAAAGACAAACGAGGACGAUGAAUCAGAGUCUGAUGACAGCCAAGUUAUUUAUCAAGAAUCUUUCAAUAGUUCAUCAAUUCUGGUAACUGCAACACAGAUUCAAAUGUCAGUUAAACUUUGUCCAUUGGACGUUGAGUCGCUCGUGGGUGGAUCUUUUAACUCUAUGAUCACGAUUAUGAACAACCCAAUAAACGAGGAUCAACAAUUGGAUUCAUUAAUCGAUAAAACGCGUAAUAUACCAUUGGAUUCUGCAUUCAUUCGUAAUCUCGACGAUAUUUUUCAAGCGAGAUACAACCAUAUUCUGAACGUGUUGACUAUUCUGAGGUUGUUGCUCGGACAUGGGAAAUUCGAAGUCAAAAUUAUGAAUGGAGAAUUGCGAGUACUGUUUCCGGUUGGCAUGAAUAAAGGUGAAGUCGAGCAUAUGCUGAGACGUUUGGCUAUUGAUGUUCAUAGUCCGAAUUUUGUUCUUGUUGAAGAGCAAGUAGAACAAGCCGUGCCCGCAGAUGUAAAUGGAUUGUCUGACAUUUUGUCUAGACUAGAAUCUGCCAUGGGGUCAUCUUUCGCAAGUGAAAAUUUCAAUGUAUUUACUAUUAGUCCUCCAGAGUUUGCCGAUAAUACCACGGACGAUGAAUAUGACGAAGUUGAGCUCUCUCCGAGUCGCCAAACAGUUCUUCCGAAUGAAGACAGAUACCACUUCAGCAAUCCAAACGGUGUGUCACCUGUAGUUGACUUCCUGAGCGAACUUGAGCAUUUAGCUAAUAGUCGUAGUAUCAGGUGGCCCAACAAAGGCUUCGACGUUGAUAAAUUUUCCAGGUAUUAG